AUGUCUGCAACUUGUUAUGGAAUGCCUACAAUUUCUGUUGCGAGCCCGUUGCCGAAAAGGGCUACUCCGAGCCCGAUUUUCGGAAAUUCGAACUUCGUGUUGCCAUUGAAGAGAGAUGUCAAAUUUGUAGUUAGAAGCAUGGCCGAGGAAGAUGAGGUGAAGGGGGUAGCUCAAGCAGAUGCAACCCCCCCUAAGCCAACCCCUCCACUGAAGCCUAAGGUGAGCACCAGCUUCUCAGAUGUGCUAGCCUUCAGUGGGCCGGGCCCUGAAAGGAUCAACGGCCGGCUGGCGAUGAUUGGGUUUGUGGCGGCCAUAGGGGUUGAGCUGGCUAACGGGCAAGAUAUCUUCUUGCAGGUGCAGAAUGGUGGGGUUUCGUGGUUCCUGGGCACGACCGUCUUGCUGUCACUUGCAUCCUUGAUUCCGAUGUUUAGAGGUGUAACAGCUGAGUCUAAGUCUGGGAAUCUGAUGACAUCAGAUGCCGAGCUUUGGAAUGGGAGGUUAGCUAUGCUCGGCCUCGUGGCUUUGGCCUUCACUGAGUUUGUGAAAGGCAGUGCUCUUGUGUGA